AUUUAAAUUGCUUAUUGUGUGCGGAUCGUCACUAUUUAAAGAAAAUAUUCAUAUGUAAUUAUUGUAAAUAAAUAAAGAGAAGGUUCAAAAUUUAAAUAUAAGUAAUUUAGCUACGAUAACCACAAAUGAGAAUUAAUUUUUGCAAAGUGUUUGUGAAAUGGUUGAAGACAUUGACUUUUUCUAAAUGAUAAGAGAACGAGGAGGGAGUUGUUUACGACUGAGAAAAAUGCGAAUUUUCUAUCAUACAAUAAUGUAAGGUAGAAAGCUAAGUGGCUUAAUGAAACAUUAAUCAUAAUUCUUCGUAUUGGUUUUGGAUUAGCUCUUCGCUGCGGAACGAAUGAAAAAUAUAUAAGAAAAUUGUGCUGAGUUUUACAAUUAUUAAUAAUGUAUUCAGUGUUAUAGAAUAUCAAGGAUAAACAAUUGAUUAAAUAGAAGUAUAUAAAUAAAAAACCAUUUUAAAAAGAGCGAAACAGUGUCUUAUAAAACUAAAAUUUAAAGUCAUUAAUUAACAAAGAAAAUGGGAAAGCUGUUGAGUUUAUUGUCCCGCGAUGAUUCAAACUGCUGUGCUGCAAAAUCCUACGAUGUUUUCUUAGACUUUGAGAAUGCCGCACCAACAGAUACAGAGCGUGAGGUUUACGAAGAAGUUGAACGUGUCCUAAAGGAAUCAGAAAUUGUGCUACAGGAGAUUCAUGUAUAUAAGGGCGCUGGGAAAGAAAUACGUGAGGCUAUUGCUGAUCCUUCACCCAAAUGUCAGGAAAAAGCAUGGGACGCUGUUUUGCCUUUAGUGAAGAAAUUGAGACGUUGCUACGAACAUUCACUGGAGCUAGAAAAAAUAGUUCCAAAAUUAUUAGGUCAAUUGGUUGGUGGCAAACUAAAUCCUACCCAACAUCUGGAGACACAACAAGCCCUAGUAAAACAGCUUGCUGAAAUUUUGGAGUUUGUACUAAAAUUCGAUGAAUAUAAGAUGAAGACACCAGCUAUACAAAAUGAUUUCAGUUACUAUAGACGUAUUGUAACUCGACAGCGUAUCGACCAGACAAAUUACUCGUUAGUGAGUACAGAAUUGGCAAACCGCAUGUCUUUGUUCUAUGCUCACGCUACACCCAUGCUGAAAGUGCUUAGUGAGGCAACAUCAAAAUUCGUUCACGAUAACGCCAACGAUGUCGAGAAUACGACGGAGACUCUGGGAACUAUGGCGAAAGUUUGUUUAAGAAUGCUUGAAAAUCCCAAAUUACUUCAACAAAUCGAGCGAGAGGAAACGCAUCUACUAGUUCUGCGAGUAAUGGUUGGGCUUGUAAUUUUGUAUGACCAUGUUCAUCCGGUUGGAGCAUUCGCUCGAGGCUCACAUGUAGACGUCAAAGGUUGUGUACGACUGCUACAGGCACAACCGGCCAUAAAGGCAGAACCUUUGUUAAACGCAUUGCGUUACACGACAAAACAUCUCAAUGAAGAAAACACACCGAAGAAUAUACGUAAUUUAUUGGCAGCAUAAUAACAAAAGCAGAAAGGCGUAUGUGCGCAGGAACCAACUGCCAUGAACCCCGCUACUAUUUUCAAUUACAGUCACUACCAAACCCGUCAUGUAAAGUAUUUACUACCACAUGAAAAGAUUUAUAAAAUGCAUAAAAAAGGUUUUUUUAUAUAUUAGUCUAUAAAUACAAAAUUAUUCCAUGAAAGUACAUACAAUUUUGUAAAUUAAAUAUGAGAUAUAAACGAAGUAUAAUAGCACACGUGUGUACUUCGAAACAAAAGCAUUUAAUAUUAAAAACAAUAACGUUAGAAGUUUUAAUAGAAAUAUUAUCGCAUAUGAAUGUAUGUAUAUACAUUUUGUUCUUAGUCACUUAUUGUAUAUGAUUAUAACAUGUUCACACUAGAAGACGCAUAGCUCAGUCAGUCCUAUUGUUAAAGUUUUAUCAUUUAUAAGUUAUCGAAAUAACGAUGGACAUAGCCAACAUAUCCACUUAGAGAAGCAAAUAGCAGAAAAAAAAACAUAUAACUGUGGCAUAAUCCAAAUUUUGCAAACGUAUCAUAUACUAAGUUAAAAAAUAAAAGUGCGUCAAUGUUUAGUUAAUGAUAAAAAUUUUAAAUUUAGAAAAUAAUUUAAAUAUUUAGCAAAUAAGAUCAUUUAUUAGGUAAAAAUUUAAGAGUCGUAUGAUUAUAGAACAUGAAAAGUCAGAAACCCAAACUCAACACGAGUAUUUCAUAAAAUACCAAAAAUUAUAUAUUCUUAAUUGACUUAUUAACCAGUUAAUUUUAUUUAUAAAUGUAUACAUAUAUAUAGGUAACAUUAAAUAUAGAUUUUGUUGCGGUUCUUUAGUAAAAAUUUAAAUUAAUUUGUAUAUACUUAAGUAUCUGAACAAAUGAAUUGCAUUUAUAACACAUUGCUGGUAAUCACAAACAACUUAUUUGCAUUGUAGUGCAUGUCAGCACUUCAAUAGGAGUAUAUGUAUAUGUAUGAAUCUAAGGUGUUUAUACUCCGAAAAGAGAAAAUAAGUACAUGUGCAUGUAUGUAUAUAUCGAAGUAUAAUAGAACAUAAAAAUUGUUUUUAUAAAAUGAAUAUAACGCAACUAAAUGUCGAAGCUAAAUGAUCGAAAUUUGUAUUGACAAAAAUUUUUGUUAUAUAUAUGUAAGGUAAGCAUCAAAGUAAACUGAAUGAAAAUGCAGAAAUAAACUAUAAUAAAAGAAAAAAAUUAGUA